UUUUUUGGGAAAACGAAAGUAAACUAAGUUUUGUUUUCCAGGUUAAGCUACUACGUGAAGAAGUGAAUCGUCAUACUGGAAAGGCUGGGACUUUUCAUUUCAGUCGGAGUUGUAGUCACUUGGUCUAUCGGACGCUCCAGUCACGAUGGCUUCUGAUAAUGAUGAGCUAUAUGAACGUCGCAUUGAAUGCUUAAGACCGAGACUCCGGCAGAUUAUAAAGGCAGACGAGGUACUACCACAUUUACAGUUAGAAUCUGGACGAAAGGAGCAGAUCACACAGAAGCUGAAAACGGAAGGUUAUGAAUCGGCUGCGAAUCUGCUUAUUGGUGUGGUUGUUGAGAGGCCACAUACAGUCGGCUGGUUCAGGGCCUUCGUUGAUGCUUUGAGUAAUGGAGGCAACGCUCACGCUGCUGACUACUUGCAGUUAAACCUCCCAGACCCUGAAGUGGAGGCGGAGAAUGACUACUAUGUCCGGUUAAUUCAGUUAUUUAGUCCCAGGCUGGAGGACAUGAAAACAGAAGAAGUGUCGACUCGGUGCUUAGCUCAACGUCUCCUAACUAAUGCGGACCAAGAGAAGAUUUUGGCUGAAAAAACAAACCAAGGAAAUAUACAUGGGGCGAGGGAACUUCUGAGCAGGAUCGUGAGAUGCCGACCUGGCUGGUUCUCUGAAUUUCGGGAAAUUCUGCGUGUCACUGAACACAAACACCUUUAUGAGCUCAUUGGAGGAUCACCUGAGUGUAAGAAACCGAAAAAUGUAGCAGCAGCAGAGGAGAAACCUGCCGAAAGCUGUCAGAGUGAGGAGCCCAUGGAAAUCAGCGGCACCGAGGGAUCUCAGGAUGAUGCCACAGAUCUGUAUUUAAGCGCUGACCUGUCCAAAUCCAUGAAUAAUUUACAUCUAGAUAUGAGUGGCUGUCCAGCAGCAGAAGCAGCAGGAGCCACCGGAGGAGACCCAGAAGAAAUUUCUCUUCGUGAUUAUCAGAUGGAAGUUGCCAGGCCUGCCUUGGAGGGGGAAAACAUUAUUAUUUGCCUCCCAACAGGAAGCGGUAAAACCAGAGUAGCAGUGUACAUUACCCAAAAACAUCUGGACAGCAGGAAAGCUGAGGGGAAACCAGGGAAGGUGGUUGUCCUGGUGAACAAGAUUCCUCUUGUGGAGCAGCAUUUCUCCACAGAGUUCUCUUCCCUGAAGCUCAAGUACAAAGUGGAGAGGGUCAGUGGAGACUCUGAGCUCAAAAUCUCCUUCGCUAACAUUGUAGAAAGAAACGACAUCAUCAUCUGCACAGCCCAGAUUCUUGAAAAUUACUUGGAGAGGGCUUCCAGUGGAGAGGAUGAAGGGGUGAAACUAAGCGAUCUGACACUGAUCAUAAUAGAUGAAUGUCACCACACUCAGAAAGGAGAAGUCUACAACCACAUCAUGAUGAGGUACUUGAAACAAAAGCACAAGAACAAAAGGCUCAUUAAGGAGCAGAAGCAGCCCGUACCGCUUCCUCAGAUCCUGGGCCUGACAGCAUCACCGGGAGUCGGAGGUGCCAAAACCCUGAAUAAAGCUGAAGAGCACAUUCUGCGAAUUUGUGCAAACUUGGAUGUUUCCAAAAUUAUGACAGGAAGCAUUGAUAAAAAGGAACUACGAAAAUCCAUUCUGCCUAUUGAACCGAGAAAAGAGGAUCCCUUUGGUUGUGUGGUCAAGACAAUCAUGACUGCCAUCCACGAACAUGCCCGGCUUUUUCCAACAUGUGACCUGGGCUCUCAGAAUUACGAACAAUGGGCUGUUCAAAAAGAGCGAGAAGCUGCCAAAGAUGGAGACCAGACAGUGCGGGUCUGCGCAGAGUACCUCCGACGGUAUAAUGAAGGUCUGAUUUUAAGCAACACCAUACGCAUGUGUGAUGCACUCAGUUUCCUGAACAAGUUCCACGAGGAGCAGAUCAAGAAGAAAACAUCACAAGAUGAACAAAACAUAGAAAUAACAGAGACAGAGAGAUUUUUGUUCAAUUUGUUUAAAGACAAAAAGGAAGAACUGGAAAAGCUUGCAAAGGAUCCAACAUACGAAAACGACAGCCUCUCAAAACUCAGAACUAAAAUUUUGCAAGAGUUCAGCAGCAGACAAGAAGCCAGAGGGAUCAUUUUCAUCAAAACACGUCACAGCGCUAUGUCUCUUAGCCAGUGGAUUGAAGAAAACCCAAAGUUCGCUGACAUUGGAGUAAAACCUUCUUAUUUCAUUGGAGGAGGAGACCAGAGCGAUACUAAACCAAUGACAGCUGCAGAGCAGAAGGAUGUGUUGAAAAGGUUCAAAACCGGUGAACUCAACCUCCUUAUUGCUACCACAGUGGCAGAAGAAGGUUUGGACAUAAAAGCCUGCAAUUUUGUUAUCCGAUAUGGCCAUGUGACCAACGAAAUUGCUAUGAUUCAGUCUCAAGGCAGAGGAAGAGCUGAGGACAGCACAUACACUGUCGUGGAUGUAAAGAACUCAGGGGUGGCUGAAAAGGAGUAUGUCAACGAGUACCGUGAGAAAAUGAUGAACAAAGCCAUUCAGAAAAUCAAAAAAUGUGAUCAAUCAGUUUACAACAAACAAAUCACAGAGUUUCAGAUUCAGGCUAUAAUGGAGGAAAGAGUGAGACAGGCAAAUCAGAAGAAGAAGGCUGUUAAGGAUGAGAACCCAUCUGCUGUAAAGUUUAGCUGUCGUAACUGUACCAAAUACAUCUGCAACGGCGAAGACAUCAAAAUCAUUGAAAACAUGCACAGAGUCAAUGUUACACCACAGUUUAGGAACCUUUUCAUCCGGAGAGAAAACGUAUCUCUUCAGGAGCGACGUUUGGACUAUGAGACCAAUGGCGUCAUAGCUUGCAGUGGCUGUGGUCAGACAUGGGGUUCAAUGAUGUGGUAUCGUGGGAUUGAGCUGCCCUGUCUCCAUGUGAAAAACUUUGUGGUGGAUAUAAAUACGAAAAAAUACAGCAACUGCACCAGGUGGAUCGACCUUCCUGUCAAGUUUCCUGACUUCGACUACAUCGAACACGCCAGUCUGAUGGCACAGGGCUCGGAUGACGAAGACACAGAGUGGCCCUAACAAAUCAAAGCACUUAUUUCUUCCAGAGGCGGGUGGUUCUCUUCUGAUGACAUAUUUUGUGUACGCAUUCAUUGCAAUACACACAGAAUGAGGGAUCUCUCCUUUAUUUAGAUUUAAAUGUUUUUACCAAAUGCACUUUGUUGUCAGAUUUUGCACUUAGCUGGAAUAAGGCAUCACUUAAAUUCAAUCUGAAUCGAUUUGCAAAACGACUCAAAAGUAUUUUCUUCAGAAAUCAUUGCUGUCCCAUGAGAUGCAAGGCAAGGAGCCAUUGAUUGUCCCUCAGAGCCCACCUGUCAACUCACAUGCACACAAACAGGUGCUGUUGACUCUGUUUAAGUCACCCAUCAGUGAGUGAUUCACCACUGUUGAGACAGAGCUAUUUACAGAGGCAACCUUUGUUAACCUCUGUGUCCACAUCCUUUUAGACGACCUAAUCGAUUGGGCAAUUCUGCAAGUUGCACAAAUCCCUCAGGAUUAAUCAAAUGAGUAUUUUUCCAACAGGAAAGAAAAUUUACUCUGUCUAAAAUUGCACUGAAAGUUUGUAUGUGCACUUCUGAUAUUUUAAAAAUUCUUUUAACAAAGGACACUUUAAGUGUUACAUGUAACCUGUAAGAUUGGGUUUUCAAUCUUUUCAGGUUUAUAUAAUAUAUUGGUUUAAAAUACAUUGCAAAAUAUUUUUUAAUUAAGGGUAGAAUGACAAAAAACUUGAAUGAAAAGCCAUCGUGUUGCUUUUAUUAAUGUAUAAGUGCUGGGGUUUUUUCUUUUUCUUUUUACAUUUAUUGCAUAAAUAUGCAUUUACAAAUCCAAUGUUUAAUCAAUUAGGAUUUUAUAUUUCUGAGAAAGAUCCUAAAACAUUUUGUACCUCUAGAUCACAGGUGUCAAACUCCAGUCCUCAAGGGCCGGUGUCCUGCAACUUCAGAUGUGCCUCUGCUGCACCACACCUGAAUAGAAUAAUGAGAUCAUUAGCAAGGCUCUGGAGAACUGAUCUACACAAGGAGGAGGUAAUUAAGCCAUUUCAUUCCAGUGUUUUGUACCUGUGGCACAUCUAAAAACUGCAGGACACCGGCCCUUGAGGACUGGAGUUUGACACCCCUGCUCUAGAUUGUUAUCAGUCUGAACACUGAUAACUGCUGCUCUAAGUUUAUUGCUUCAUGUGCACAGCAUGUGGAGUAGCUCAGAUUGUCAUCAUGCCUAAAAAUUGCAAAUGGAACUGUUUACUUUGUUCCCUCACACUUGUCAGAAAAUCAUCUAGUUUCAUUUUCACAUCAUUUUGACUGUUCCAAAGAGCAGUUUUAAAGAGCAGUUUGAUGCAUGAAUUUAGCUAAAUAAAUUUAUACACAUAUUUAGUGAACUCUCAACAUAAAUAGAAGUGUAUGUACCUUGUUAAAGCAAAAUAAUGCAUUUUUGAAGUUUAAAUGUUUUAAGUGCCCAAAUCCUUAGAAAAUAAGCAUCGAUAUUAAAAUGUUUUCAGGUGUUUGGACUGUAUGACUGCUAAAUGUUUAUUCAAAUGACUGCUUUAGAAGCAGUGUGUUUGCUGACUAGGAAACUAAAUCAUCUGUGGUUUUAAAUGCAUUUCAAAUAAAACAGUGUAAACUUUUUC